GAUGGUUCGAGGUCUCGAAGAAGAAAAAGAACAGCUUAAAUCCAGGUUCAAUCAUUUCAGGGGAAAACACUCGACUUCUAGUAUGAACGCUGCCUCCGCCGCCGCUGCUGUUUCUCCACCGCCGCCGUCUCGCCAAGACAUCAUCGUUCAGAAUAUCAACAAAGAUAUGGAACUGAUGAAGGAAAAGUUUUCUAAACUUCUCCUGGGAGAAGACAUGUCUGGUGGAGGAAAAGGCGUUUCAUCUGCCUUGGCUUUAUCAAAUGCCAUCACAAAUCUUGCAGCGUCCGCGUUUGGAGAAGAGAAGCGUUUGGAGCCGUUGGCGCCUGAGACGAGAGCUAGAUGGAAGAAGGAAAUGGAUUGGCUGCUAUCUGUAACAGAUUAUAUAGUCGAGAUGGUUCCAAUUAAACAGAUAUCUAAAGAUGGAACAACAAUGGAGGUUAUGACAACCCGACAAAGGGCGGAUCUUCACGCGAAUAUCCCAGCUUUGCGCAAGCUAGACGCCAUGCUCAUUGAUUGCUUGGAUAAUUUCAAGGAUCAAAACGAGGUAGCUAACGUUUCAGAUUCUCCAAAUGGCUUAUCAGAAUCCACUAGAAAACGUUUGCUGUUCCAGAAAGAUUCAGUUAACCAAGUACUAAAAGCAGCCAUGGCCAUCAAUGCUUAUGUAUUGUCUCAAAUGGAGAUACCCGAAACCUACGUAGAUUCUCUCCCGAAGAAUGGGAGAUCAAGCUUGGGAGAUUCUGUUUAUAAGAGCAUCAUGGUGGAUCAUUUUGAUGCUGACCAUUUUCUCUUGUCGACGGAUUUAUCAUCGGAGCAUAAAAUACUCGAUUUAAAGAAUAAGAUCGAGGCAUGUAUAGUCAUUUGGAAGCGAAAGAUGAAUGAUGCUAAAGAUGGGAAGUCAGCUUGGAGUUCGACAGUAACCUUGGAGAAAAGAGAACUCCUUGAAGACAGAGCAGAGACAAUCUUACUUGUUAUGAAACAGAGAUUCCCAGGAAUUCCUCAAUCUGCUUUAGAUAUAAGCAAAAUCCAACACAACACGGUACAAAACAAAACACAACUCAACCAAAUCAAUCUAAAAUGUCUUUGUUUGAGUUCAGGGUUGAGUUUGAAUUGGGUUGGUUUGCAGGAUAUAGGGCAUUCCAUUCUGGAGAGUUAUUCAAGAAUCAUAGAAAGUUUGGCAUUCGCUGUCGUAUCGAGGAUCAAUGAUGUCAUCAAGGCCAACUCACUUGAUAGGAAUCAUUCAACCACCGGAGAAGGGACACCUAAGUCGCUAAGACUAUUAGAUUUCAUCGACUCAACCGAUGAUUCUCCUAAGUUCACGACCAAACCAGCCAACAUAGACACUAACAGGAGAUUCUCAUAUGCAGAAAACCUAGGUAUCUUAAGAAGCCCAACCGCAAGACAUUGA